AUGUUUAAAAUGAAAUUUGGCGAUACCUUGCCACGGUCAGAUUUUGGUACAGGAGGGAACAAGCAGGCGCCCGGCUUAGAGUUGGGCUAA